AUGACCGGAUUGAUGGCCGGAAAGCGCGGGCUGAUCAUGGGCCUCGCCAAUGAUCGCUCGCUCGCCUGGGGGAUCGCGCAGCAGCUGCACGCGGCCGGGGCCGAGCUCGCUUUCUCCUAUCAGGGCGAGGCGCUGCAGAAGCGGGUGGCGCCGCUUGCCGCCGAACUCGGUUCCGAUUUCCUGAUCGAUUGCGACGUGUCCGACAUGGCGGCGCUCGACGGGGCGUUCGCGACGCUGGCGGCGCGCUGGCCGACGAUCGAUUUCGUCGUCCACGCGAUCGGCUUUUCGGACAAGAACGAGCUGAGGGGCCUGUUCGUCGAUACCAGCCUCGACAAUUUCCUGAUGACGAUGAACAUCUCGGCCUACAGCUUCGUCGCCGUCGCCAGGCGGGCGCGUGCGAUGAUGCCGGAGGGCGGAUCGCUGCUCACACUCUCCUACUACGGUGCCGAGAAGGUCAUCCCGCACUACAACGUCAUGGGCGUCGCCAAGGCGGCGCUGGAGACCAGCGUCAAAUAUCUCGCGAUGGACCUGGGACCGGAGAACAUCCGGGUGAACGCCAUCUCCGCCGGCCCGAUCAAGACGCUGGCCGCGAGCGGCAUCGGCGACUUCCGCUACAUCAUGAAGUGGAACGAAUAUAACAGCCCGCUGCGCCGCAACGUCACCAUCGAGGACGUGGGCGGCGCCGGCCUCUAUCUGCUCUCGGACCUCGCCUCGGGCGUGACCGGCGAGAUCCAUCAUGUCGAUGCCGGCUACAACGUGAUCGGCAUGAAGGCCGAGGACGCGCCCGACAUCACCGUCGCGUGA